AUGACGAAGGCACCCUUAUCUCCUCGAGUUGUGAUGAAACACCGAUCCAGACGGACAAGACUUAGCGGCCGCACCAAGCUUACCCUGGCAUCGCUAUGCAUUUUCCUCGUUCUCCUCCUGGCGCUGAGGAUGAAGGGGCAUUCUCUGCCACACAGACGAGAACAAGAAGACACUCGUCCGGAGAAGUUGAUAGCAAUCCACCUCGGACCAUCCGAGUCCCGCGUGGGCAUUAUGGAGAAUAACCGCGUUUAUAUUAUCGCCGGUUUGGACGGAAAACAAUCCAUACCGUCAUAUGUGGCCGCGUUGAAUGGAAGCCUGGUUGCUGGAGUUGCAGCGAGGGAUCUCGGCGGCCCGAAUCUUUUCAAGGCUACACUGGACAUGAUGCACUACUUAGCCAACGGGGGCUCGGGUGACUUCCCACUCAAACGAUUUGGUGAUUCUCUCAGCUACACGAUGCACGAAGGGCAGUUCGCUCUCCAAGUCCUCAACGAGAAUAGCACAAGCACCUUCACUACACCCAAGAUCUACGCUGCACUCUUUUUAAAGCUACGCUCAAUUGCACAGUCAUAUCUCGGACCCGAUGUCAAGGUUUCCGGUGCAGUAGUCACGCUCCCGUUCCCAGACGGCUACGACGACAACCCUAAGUCCCAUAUCACGACGGACAGCGUCCGUAAAGACAUCCUCGUGGCGGGCGAUAUCGCGAAUUUGCCGAUGAUCCGGAUCCUCCGCGAGUCGGUGGCGAUUGGAAUAGCGUUGGGGCUGGAUUGUCUCUCUGAUCAAGACGGUGUUCGCCGUGUUCUUAUUCAUGAUCUCGCGGGGGAUCUCGGUAGUCUUGCGGUGACGAUUGUCGAAAUUGACGACGGUGUCUAUGAGAUAUUGGCGAUGCAUAGAGUGGAGAAUAUUUCCGAGGGAAGGGUCCUGGAAAGGGAAGCGCCGCCAUAUAACUCGCAAGACAGCUCGAUACUAGACCGUCUUAUCGAGGGAUUCGUCUUCGAGCGACCUGGUCUCUCGCAGGAGCAGUCGGCCAGCGUCAAACUGGCACCGGCCUGUCCGUCGUGCGCUAUCCAGCACGCCAGUAUCGAGGCAAUCCACAACGCCCUCGCGAAAGCGAAGAUUCCAGUGGAAGCGGUCACAGACCUCGUCUUCAUGCCGUCUUUCCGAUUAUUCCCCAGGGUGCAGAAUCGUGUCGCGUCGUGGUUCGAGGACGAGAACCUCCGGAUCGCGAACGCGGCGAACCUCAGCGAGGCACCGAUUUGGGGCGCGACGCUGCAAACGAAAUUCCUUGAGGAGGAUUACGGGGUGGUUGGUGGCUGGUGCUCGGCGGUUCGUCGGGGGGUUGGGGUUUCGACUGCGGAUGGGGACGUUGUUGAGAUCAUACCUGCAGGUCACAGAGUCCCGGAAUUAGGGAAGCAGACGUUUACGACGGACGCCUUGUGCGGGGACAAAGAUGCACAAAGUAAGGGUACGCCCUCGAUCAAAGUCUCCUUGAUACAUAUCCCCGAUGUGGACUAUCACGCCAAGUUCGAGCUGGGCGAUGCGUAUGUCUAUGAUCCGACUCGGCAAUAUAUCCUCCUGGGCGAACUCGAGCUAGGCAGUUUAUGCAAUGGCAAAGAGUUGACUAUCGAAGUAUCGGCCCUUGUGAAUCGGAAUUCUGAGCUGUCUGUCCAGGUCUCUGGCAUUGACAACGGCGACUCGGUGGUCUGGACGCUCCCAGGCGUGGACUUCUGGUGGGGAGAUGGGCAAACGUCGCGAAACAUCACGUAUACCCAUGGCGGGGAUCUGGAGAUGGAGUGUGAGAAAGAGUUGAAGAACUUCGUUUCGGCGUCGUGGGAUCAGAAGGCGACAGAUGCGCUUGAUCGGGGACUGUUCGAAUAUUUCCAUUUGUAG